AGUAAAUAAAAUGAUAGCGAGCGAGUACGGGAGUACAUAGUUUCUGAUAAACAUUUAACAAGAAUUUACACAAAAAUGGUGCCUUUAUAAAGCAAUGCCGUUAGCCCGUCAAAAUGGAUCAGACUAAUAUAGAUUUUACUUUGCCUCCGGCUCCUCGUGGUCUUUGUUUUGACCGUAAUGAUUUUGUCAAGACGAACUUUUCAGUGGAUAAUUUUCUAAUUGACCAUCAAAAUGUUGCCUCCUUGGAAACAAUGCGUGAUGACCUAGGAGUGUAUCUAAAAGUUCUAAGGCUGACUAUGAUCGAGUUAAUUAACAAAGAUUACGCGAAUUUUGUUAAUCUAUGUGCAACAUUAAUUGGCUUUGAUAAGGCAAUUGUAAAAAUUCAAGUGCCAUUAGAACAUCUAAAUGAAGAAGUUCUUAGUGUAAAACAAUGUUUGGAGUGCAAUGAAAGAAUUAUCUAUUUGGCUUAAUCAAAGACAUGGUCUACUCAAAAAAAAGCAACUCUUAAAAUACUACAGCCAAACAAUAAAUGGCUUGAAUACAUUGGAAAAUAUCUUAAAAGACAUCUCAGAUAAGAAGAAACAUGAGCAAAUAAUUUUAGCUGAACGUACAGCUGUGCGAUAUAACCAAUUAAAAUUCACAUUUUCUAAAUGUGAAAAUUUAUUAAGUUCUGAGAACAAGGUGUUGUUUAAUAGUAUUAGUGAAAAGUUAGUACAGAUAUUAAAUGACUUGGUUUUUUAUUUUUGGAAUGAAAAUAAUGAAAAUAAUCUCCUCAAAACUCUCAUUAUUAUAAAUAUAAAACAAUCAAAAAAAUUCACGAUAUGGUGUUGGCCGACUGAAGAUUGAAAGUGCAAGUGUAUUAUUAUAAGUUAGUAUAAUAUAUUAAUAGUAUCUUAAAUAAUGACAUAAUUACUGUAAAUUUCCUGAUCUAAUGUGUUUAUACCUGAUUUAUCUCAAAUUUACAUAUUAAUAAUAUACUUAGUGAUUAGCUGAUUAGUUAAUAAAGAUAUAAAUCUACCAUUAGUAUCAAUAAUAGUUUUUAAUAUAGAUUAUAGUUUAUAAUUAAUAGACCACAGCAACUAAACCGUGUGUGGUUUCUGCUGUAGGGCUGAAAAAAAUUCAUUUUGUUUUGUUUUAUAUAUUUUGAAUAAAUGAAAAAAAAAGAGAUUAUGGAAGCCGUAGGGAUCUCGCAUGGCUCAGUGGUUUCAAUUUUGAAUGAUCACUUGGGCAUGAGAAAACUUUCCGCAUGAUAGGUGCCACGUUUGCUCACAGUCGACCACAAACGCAAUCAUGUAACAACUUCACAGGAAGGUUUGGCGUUGUUUAAUCGCAAUAUGGAGGAGUUUUUGCGCCGUUUUGUAACGGUGGACGAAACAUGGAUCCAUCACAACACACCAGAGACCAAACAACAGUCAAAACAGUGGGUUUCUAAGGGUGAAUCGGCGCCAAAGAAGGCCAAGGUGGGUUUGUCAGUCAAUGAAGUUAUGGCGACUGUUUUUUGGGAUGCACACGGGAUAAUCCACAUUGACUACCUUCAAAAGGGAAGAACAAUCAAUGGGGAAUAUUAUGCCAACUUAUUGGACCGAUUCAAUGAC